AUGGCUCUGGCGUUCGCUGUGCCACAUGCAUCGCAGACGCCAGUCCUGCAACGCAGGGAUGUCAAGGCUUCCAAGCCUGUGACUGCGGUCUCCGGGCACUCGCAGGCGCUGCUUGCUGCCAGCACAAGCGCGGUCGCCCUUGCUGCCUGCAGCCGGAGGAGAGAACGGCUUGCCAAAGCGUCUAUCUCCAAGACUCAAAGAAGAGCCUUUUUCGAUUUUGGGUCACAGCCCACCAAAAAGACCGUCGUCAUCACGGGUGCCUCCUCAGGGCUGGGGCUUGCAGCCGCCAGAGAGCUCGCUAAGAGUGGCGAAUGGCGAGUGAUCAUGGCGUGCCGGGAUUUCAUCAAGGCGGAGACAAUUGCAAAGGAGAAUGACUUUCCAAAGGACAGCUACCUUGUGCUUCACCUUGACCUGGCAGCGAACAGCAGCGUUCGCCAGUUUGUGUCUUCUUUCCGAGCGUUGAACAUUCCGCUGGACGCCCUAGUAUGCAACGCUGCUGUCUAUUUCCCGAAUGCCCACAAGGAGGGCGCUUUCUUUCCUGGAUUAUUUCCAGGCGGUGGACCUCGAUGGUCAGCGGAUGGCCAUGAGUUGAGCUUUGCCACCAACUACCUAGGUCACUUCCUGCUUUGCAACCUUCUUCUCGAAGAUCUCAAGAAGAGCAGUGUCAAGCCUGCGCGCUGCAUCAUCCUCGGGACCGUCACAGCCAGCAUCAACGACAAGGAGGUUGGUGGCAUGAUCCCUCCAGUGGCUGACAUUGGGCGCCUGGAAGGCAUGGAAGAAGGUAUGAAAGCUCCAGUUACUAUGAUUGACAAUGGUCGAUUCAAUGGGGCAAAGGCCUACAAAGACAGCAAGGUGUGUGACGUGAUGCUCAUGAGGGAGCUGCACAAGAGAUACCAUGCGAGUUCCGGGGUAUGCUUUUCCUCCUUGUACCCAGGCUGCAUUGCGGAUACCGCCCUCUUCAGAGAGCACUAUCCUGUUUUCAGGUUCUUGUUUCCCAUCUUGCAGAAAGGAGUCACCAACGCGUACGUCAGCGAAGAAGAGGCUGGAAAGCGACUGGCAAAGGUUGUGGCGGAUGACAACUAUGCGCAGUCAGGCGUCUACUUCAGCUGGGGUGGCGAGUCUGGAACCGGGGGUGCGGGUGGAGCAGAUGCCAUUGAGAAUGUGGAUGCCAGCGCUGACCGCUUUUUGCAGUAUGGCAGCUUUAGAACUCUCAAAGAGAGUGAGAUCGGCGGAGACGCAGGCGACGAUGAGAGAUGUAAAAGGCAGGGGGGGCUGUACAGCGGAGGAGUGUUGCUGAACACAGGCACUUUGCCCGUUGGGGAUGGUUUUGAGCUCUACUACGAGGAGCACGGAAGCCGCGACGGGCUUCCGGUGGUCUUCUUGCAUGGCGGCCCUGGCGCGGGUUGCUCCAGGCAGAUGGCCAAGCUCUUUGACCCCGAGAAGUACCGCGUCGUGCUCUUCGACCAGCGCGGGUGCGGCAAAAGCACGCGCGAGGGUUCCACCACGGCGGCGGAGCAGCUGGAGAACAACACCACCUGGCACCACGUGGAUGACUUGGAGGCCCUAAGGACGCACCUUGAGAUUGAUCGAUGGGUGGUGACGGGGGGCUCGUGGGGCUCCUGCUUGGCUUUGGCCUAUGCGAGCAAGUUCCAGGACCGCGUGCUGGGCAUUGUCUUGCGAGCCGUCUUCCUCUUCCGCUCAGAGGAGCUGGAUUACUUUUGCGGCCCCGGACUCGGUGCGAGUUCCUUGGCCCCGUUUGAGUGGAAGCGCUUCGCCGGGUGGCUGCCAGAAGGGGAGACUUUCCGCUCGGGGCGCGACGUGGCGGCGGCGUUUCGGAGAGCCGCUCUGGGAGAAGAUAAGUCUAUGAAGCCAGCCGAAGCACUGGCGAAGUGGCGGGCGUGGGAGAAUAAGCUGUUUGCGCUUCGGGAGAGCGAUCCAGAGCUGCCACCUCCAGCAGAAGCUGGCGUGUGCUUGCUGGACGCAGAUCCGCCUGAGAAGCCUUGGUCGGAGCCCGGGAAGUUUAAUAUACAAGCCUUGCUGACGCUGCAUUAUGUGGCUGAGCGCGGCUUUUUGCCGGAUGGAUUUGAGCUGUUAGACUCAGCGCCACUGUUCAAUUUUCCGCUGAAGCUCAUCCACGGCCGGUGCGAUUGCAUUUGUCCAGUAUCGAAUGCGAAGGAUCUUGCCGCAGCAGUGGGGAGCAGCGCGGAGUUGCUGCUCACUGAUGCAGGCCACUCACAAUGGGAUGCAGAAAACGUAGAUGCAUUCGUCAAGGCGACUGAUCAAGUUGCUCAAGACUGUUUGGUGAGUUGCUAA